AUGCCUGGCCGCUGCCCAAAUCUAAAACACUACUGCAAGUGCAUGAGGCUACUUCUCUACCUUGUUGAAUCAUUGGAUGCUGUGGAGCAGAACCCUUCCAACACAGCAGGUCUUGGGUGUAUCACAUCUGUGACACAACAGCUGCGGGACGAAGAAUGCUACCAUGGAAAGUUAACUAGAAAAGCAGCAGAGAGCCUCUUAGUCAGCGAUGGGGAUUUUUUGGUUCGGGAAAGUACCAGCUCACCUGGCCAGUAUGUUCUGAGUGGACUGCAAGGAGGGCAAGCAAAGCAUUUGUUGCUGGUGGAUCCUGAAGGCAAGGUUAGAACCAAAGACCAUGUAUUUGACAGUGUGAGUCAUCUCAUUCGCUACCAUAUGGAAAAUAAAUUGCCCAUCAUCUCCUCUGGAAGUGAAUUAAAUCUGAGCAAACCAGUGAAGAAAGGAACUGGAUGCCUACAAUAUAAGAAAUAAUUAUGUUGGCUCGCAACAUCUUUGAGACAGUUCUUCCUCUCUUUCCUUCUUUUUAUUUCUUUCUCUUAAUAAAAGCUCCAGCGAUUAUUCUGAAACUUGGUUCCAGUGCAUCCGGCUCUACUAAGAAGAGAUAGCACCUCUCAAUGCUGUUACAGAAGAUUUCCUUUUGUGUAUAUGUGUGUACAUACAUAUGCAAAUAUUUUCAUCUACUUACAUUUAUUACAGUUCUGUCUGCUAAGCUGGAAUCGUUUUUACUUUAGCAAAAUGAAAUCGCACAGAAUGAAAGAUUGGGGAGAAAUCGUGCCCCUGGGGUACCUACAAAAGAUCUGUAGAAUCAGUGAGAUGUGUAAAAGCACAAUCCAACUUUCAGGACAAUGAACAAAACUGAUUCUAAAAGACUUCUGGAUGUUAGUAUGUGCCUUUUAAUCUAGGAAUUAUGGUGAAAUAAAGUGUUUCUACCAGA